AUGACCCGAAACAAGACCUUCAUCUUCAAGUCCCCGCCCACCGGCUACCCCGUGCCGGGCGAGCACAUCACCGUCGAGGACCGGCCCGUCGACACCUCCUCCGCGCCCGCGGGCGGCGUCCUCGCCGAGCUCCUCUACGCCUCCUACGACCCCUACCUGCGCGGCCGCAUGCGCGACCCCAAGAUCCCGUCCUACUCGCCGCCCUUCCAGCCCGACGCGCCCGUCGUCAACGACACCGUCGUCCGCGUGCUCAAGUCCGACAGCCCCGAGUGGAAGGAGGGCGACCUGGCCAUCGCCUUCCUGCCCAUCGCCGAGUACGCGCGCCUCGACGCCGACGCCCUCAAGGCGGCGCGCUUCCGCCGCGUCACCAACGACAAGGGGCUCGACCUCGCCGUCUUCCUGGGCCCGCUCGGCAUGCCCGGCCUCACGGGGUACGCGGGCCUGCACCGCAUCGGCAAGCCCAAGAAGGGCGAGACCGUCUUCGUGAGCUCGGCCGCCGGCGCCGUGGGGCAGGUCGUCGGCCAGGUGGCCAAGCGGGAGGGCCUGCGGGUCAUCGGCUCCGUCGGCUCCGACGACAAGCUCAAGUUCAUCACCGAGGAGCUCGGCUUCGACGGCGGCUUCAACUACAAGACCGAGAAGCCCGGCGACGCGCUCAAGAGGCUGGCCCCCGAGGGCAUCGACAUCUACUUUGAGAACGUCGGCGGCGAGCAGCUCGAGGCGGCUAUCGACAACAUGAAGCAGGGCGGCAGGAUCCCCAUCUGCGGCAUGAUUUCUGACUACAACACCCCGCCCGAGAAGCGGUACGGCAUCAAGAACCUGCACAUGGCCAUCGCCAGGCGGAUUACCCUGCAGGGAUUCAUGGUGGGCGACAAGGAGUUCGGACCGGCAUAUUACCAGGAGCACCAGGAGAACGUGGGCAAGUGGAUUACCGAGGGCAGCUUCCACCCCAAGAUCUACGUCACGGAGGGCAUCGAUAAUGCGGCAGAGGGCUUCGUCAACAUGCUGAAGGGAGGCAACUUUGGCAAGGCCGUGCUGAAGAUCAAGGCAGAGUAA